AUGCAUAACAGAAGAAACUCUUCGACCAGAUCACCGGCGCCGCAAAGCCGGUCUUCAUCACCGCGCCGCUCGAACCACCAGCCGCCGCCGCCGCCGCCGCCCCCUCCGCCGCCCCCUCCGGCAAAAAACAAACCGCCCGGGUUGUUGGCCGAAACGGCCGCACUGGCCGGCGGUGUUGCCGUCGGUUCCACCGUCGGGCACGUUGUCGGUCAAGGAAUAUCGCACGUCCUAACUGGCGGCAAUACGAGUAACAAGAGUAACACCGGCGCGGAUACCGGAUACCGACCGGCGGCAUCGAACGAUCCGUGCGCUCACACAAUCAAAGAAUUUUUGAACUGCACCCUGAACAGCGUCGACAUCUCGUCGUGUGCCGAACUGAACGAGUCCGUUCGCCGGUGCAAAACAGACAACGCGAAGCUAUGA